CUGUUGACAUUAGUACCAGCUUUGCACUCUACUCCGGUUACAACUAUCAAUAUCCUUAGUUCGUCCACCACACGACUACUUGCACUCGAGACGAGCGUGCCCAUUUUGAAUUAUAUCUAUAGUACCCUAACAUGGAAUUUUGACUAAGUACAUGUUGUUCGG